GUCGCAGUUCUGUGAGUGUGCAGUUGGUGUUUUUGUUAUUUCCAAAUAAAAUAAAUGAUAUAAGAAAUCAACAAGAUGCAGGACUACAUCAAGAUAAUAUUCAUCAUAAGCGGCGGCGUGCUGACAUUUGUCAUCCUAUUCAUUUUCGCGAAGAGACAGAUUUAUCGCUUUGCACUUCGAUCCCGUAGAGGCCCACACGUUCCGAUUGGAACUGAUGCUAAAAAAUGCCUGAAGAAAGAAAUCGAGCGGCGCAUCGAGGCGGUGCCGCGCAUCACGCACGAGCCUCGCCUGCUGAGCGCCGAGCCCUCGCACUACAUCCUGGAGCCCCAGCAGCCCUAUCACUACCGCUUCCGAGCUGUGGACGAUGUCAAGACGCUAGAGGAUGAGAUAGCCCACCAAGACCCAGGCCUACGGCGGCACCCGCGCGAAUCCCUCCGCGCGUUUCUGCUCUCAUCUCUCGCGGCACCACUCGACGGUCGCGGACAGAAGUUGGUGCACCAGUUCUGCGAUACCUACGAAUAUGCUCGUCAUCACCCUGGAGAGUUUGGAGACGACGAGUACCAGGCAUACAGCAGGCUGCUUCUGAAGCUGUUGGAUGCCGCCCGUCUUCUAAAGAGCGUGGGCGCCUGUCGCUCGCCUCGCGCCAGCCCGCUGCGGCGACCGGCGAGACUGUUGGACGCGGCGCGGCUGCGGCCCGGCGCGCUGCCCGCCGCUAAGCUGCCCGCGCUGCACAAACACUAUACCGCGCUCGAGAACAUGCCAAUAGAGUCCAAAUUAGAAGACGAGGUGAUCCGCGUCGCAGUGAAGAGCCCGGGGCCCGCCGCGCCAGCGCCCGCGCCCGCCGACGAAACGCCCGUGUGACGCGCGCGCCACGCCCGCCGCGCGCCCAGCCUCACGCUGUAGGCGCUAGAGUGGGACAAAAUAGCAAAAGAAGGACGAAAUGGUGGUGCAAGAAAGGGACAAAAUAGUGGUGCAAGAAAAGGACAAAGUGAUAUAAAGUGUAUCUUUUGGGCUAUAAACUAUUAAAGACCGCGCCCGCCGACGAGACGCCCGUGUGACGCGCGCGCCACGCCCGCCGCGCGCCCAGCCUCACGCUGUAAGCGCCGGAGCGGGACAA